CAAGGUGGCGCUUUAUGUCAACAAACCAAAAAUUAUCAAGCAUGUCAAUAUGUCACAAAACAGUCCAUCAAGAUCAAGAAUUUUGUGCUUACAGCACUGUCAGAAGGACAUCAACAUAUUCUUUACUGUCUUCCCCAACUCUUGCCCUAUUUGUGGAGAAUCGUUGACCGAAAGUGAAGCUUUGAUUCCUCCAUUUGCCAUUCCCUCUCCAUUUUCGUCUGCUGCAGAAGUUCCAGUUUCUGUCAUUGUGAAGCCAUCAAGAGGGUCAUGGCUGGAAUAUGAGAGAUCUACCACGAACCUCCACAUUGGUAUCAGUGACUCGAAAGGCUGCACUUAUGACUAUGAUGAGGAUGGACUGCAUCAUAACUCCAACCUCUGGUCUGACUGCAUUGCCAUUCCACUAACAGAAAAAAAGGACAGUGACUUCAUUCAAAAAUGGGACAAAACCCUUUAUUUCUCAGCCUCUUCCCCUUAUUGGACUGCUAAAAAAUAUCAUCCUGAUUUCAAUAAUUGCUAUGACUUUGUUUUGACCAUGCUGAGUAAGGCAGGCUUAGCAGCCAGUGACCCCAGGUACAAGAACAAGGAGGACUUUUGUGAGUCUGUCCUGUUACCACAGACCACCCACGCUGCAAAAUAUAUCAGCAUGUAUCGGAAGUUGAAAGAAACUGAUGUCAUCUGGAUUGACAAAAAUAAAGAAUAGAAAGGUGGUUGAUAUGUUUAUAUAUCAGGGUUUCGAACAGGACUUUUUUGUCAUGGGGGGACUAAAAAAAUGCACCUAAAAAUGCUUAAAUGCUUCUAAGUAUCUUAAAAUGUCACUUUAGACUUUAAAACUGGAUGAUGGGGAGGGUAUACCCCCCAUAGCCAAAUAGUGGGGGGAUAUGGGGACAUCCCUUGU